CAGACGCCACGUCACAGGUUUCUUUCACCUCAUGAAUGGGCAAUCGUUGCCCACGGCAUAGGCGGCAUCCGGGACCGGGAACAGCAGGCACCAAUCCACCCAACCAGCUGGCUCUGGCCCCCCAAGGGCAUGCCUCGCGGCCUGUACAAGGACACCGUGACUCAGCGGACCAAGUUUUUCUAUUGCUACCAUGCGUCUAGUGGCAUCAGGUGGAUUUUGAUGUUGUUGCAGCUCUUCAUCGGAGCGACGCUGACAGCCCUCGGCUCCAUGUCCUUCACCCAAGGCACGCCCAUCACCAUUCUGGGCGCUGCCAACACCGUCAUCGCCGGACUCCUUGCCUUUCUCCAGAACAGCGGACUGCCUGAUCGAUAUCGCUAUGACAAGUCCGAGUUCGAGGCCCUGGAGGACCACAUCAAAGAGAUUCUCGACUCCGGGAUUGCCCCUGCGGACCAGGCCGCUGACCAGAUUCUUGCCGAGUGUUUCGACCUUUACCAAGACGCCAAGGCGACGGUAUCUGCGAACCUGCCAGCCAACUACAUGUCUCGAAUUGCCCAGCAGGCAGGCCAACGGUCCGGUGCUUUGAUGCAAGCUGGUGCCCCGGCCAUGUCGAAGCCUGUGACUCUGACAAUUGGUGGCGGAGAUGGCACUGCCAGCGUGGCCAGUGGAAGAUAA